AUGUUUAAGAAAUAUUUCUUAUUUUUAAUAAUAUCCAUAUUUAGUAUUAUUUUAGUAUUAUUUAAAAAGGAAAAAUAUGAAAAAAUUAACAUAAAACAUUCAAAGAACAGUGAAUGCUAUUUAAAUAAUGAAUUUUGUAAUGAAGAUGAUAUCGAUUUUAAGAAUAUCCAUGAGUAUGAUAUUGUAAAUUACAGUAACGUAUAUAAUAGUAAAUAUAAGAAUAAAUUUAGUCGUAUAUUCCAUCCUCUUUCUUCAGAAACGACUAAUGAAACAAAAAUUGAACAAACAAUUUCUUUAUUUUUAGAAUUUUUUGAAAAUACAAAAUUUUUCUUAAUUAUCUCUUUUAGAUCAGGUUUAGAUAUAUUACAUUCUUAUGGAAUAGUAUUAAUAUCAUUAAUAAAGCUACUUUUUUUGUGGUUUAUUAUUAUUGAACCUCAUAUUACGUGGAUAUUUUUUAAAUUAAAAAAAUUCUUUUUAAAUUUAGAUUAUAAAACAAAAAAAUAUAUAGUAUAUAUAGUAUCAGUAUUUUCAGUAUUUUCUUAUCUUGCUUACUAUGGGGUAAUAAAAUAUUUUUUAAAUAAAAUUUCGAAUUUUUACAAGUUAUUCUUAAAAAAAUUAUUUAAGAUAAAUGAAUUUUUGUUUAAUAUAUUUCCUUACAUAAUCAGUUUUUUAUUAUAUGCUAUUUUGAUAAAAGCUGUUUCUAUUUCUUUAAUUUCACUUUUUAUUUAUUCUUUCUUCUUCCCAUUUCCGUCUAUAUAUUCAAUUAUAAUAAUUAUUAAGUAUGUCUAUUUACCAAAUAUAAAUGAUUGUGUUAUCAGUUCUUUAUCAGAAAACAACUAUUUAACAAAUAAUAUUAAUAACGUCUAUAGCAAUAUAAAUAGUAACAAUAAUGAAAAAAAAAGUUUUCAAGGUGAAAAAACUGAUAAUAAAUUAGAAGAAAAUAAAAAAACAAUUGAAAUACCACAAGAAACAAAAAGAAACAAUAAAAAAUUAGAAAUUAAAAGCAUUCAAAAAGAACAAGAAGAUGAAAAUGGUAACAAAAAGGAAGUAACAGAAAAAGGCGAGGAAGACGAAAAUGAAAAAAAAAAAAAUGAGAAAAAAAAAGAAGAAAUAAAAAAGAAGAAUAAAAAAAAAAAUAAUGUAAAUGUUGAAAAAAGAAAUGAAAGUGAAAAUGGAAAAGAAAAAGAAGAAAAUCUUAUAAAAAAUAAUUUAGAAAAUAAAAACUCAUUUAUACAUAACAUAGAAAAUAUUAAUUUUAACUCAAAAAAUAAAAUAAUGCCACAACAUAAUAACGAGGCACUUAUUAAGCAUGAAUCUUUCAAGAAUAAAAAAAUUGAUUAUAAGAUAGCUAAACUAUUUGAAAAAAAUACAGAAAGCAAUAUAUUUUAUUAUGAUGUUCCUUUUUUAUUGGAAUAUUGGUUAUUUAUUAAUAUCUUAAAAUUUUUAAAUUUAUUGCCUUUUUUAAAUACAUAUGGCAAAAUUCAUUUUUUAUAUGAAUAUUUUAUCUUGCUUGUUAUAAUAAUUAAUAUUAGUGAAAAAUUACAUGAAUUUUUAUUUAAAAAAAAUUAUAAGUCAUCAAUAUUGGUCCGUAUUUUAAAAAAAUUUUUAGUUAAUAUCGUUGAUUUUGCUUUAUAUUUUUUGUUCAAUAUAAGAAUAAAGAAUGAAGAUAAAGAAGGAAUGAAGCAAAAUGAUGAUUCUGAUUUUGAGUAUAUUCAAAGAAGUAAUUUAUUAAUUAGUUUAUCAAAGAUUAUUAAAAAAAAGAUUAAAUUGAACAAAACAGUAAAGUUAACUUUUUCCUUUUUAAAAUCUGUUAUCACGGAAAACAUUAUAGAAAGUGUUAAAUUGCCAUCUUAUGUAAGAUUUUUUAUUAAUUUAUUAAUUUAUAUGCCUCAAUUAAUUUUGUUGAUUUUUCCUACUUUUGUUCUUAAACUGUAUUUUGCUUAUUUCUUUUAUAUUUUCCCAAUUUUUGGAUCCCUCAAAUGCUUAGAAAAAAAAAAUUCAUUUCAUAAUAAAAUAUAUUUUAUAUGCUAUUUUUUUUUUUAUAAUAUUGCAUCUGUUACAGUAAAUAAUAAAUUUUUCAAGUGUUUGCCUUUUUAUAAUUUAUACAAAAUUUUGAUAACAAUUUCUAUUCAAACCAUUCUUAAAUAUAUUUUUAAUAUUCUUAAAAUAAAAAACUAA